AUGGUCGCACCCGUCACCUCGGCCGCCGGCAUCGUCGCUCUGCUCGACGAGCAGGAGCCUGAGCUCCAAUCAUACGCCCUAAAGCGCCUCGACUCGCUCGUCGACCAGUUCUGGGCCGAGAUCGCCGACUCGGUCUCCAAGAUCGAGGUCCUCUACGAGACCGAGGGCUUUGCGGAUCGGCAGCUCGCCGCCCUCGUCGCCUCCAAGGUCUAUUUCCACCUCGGCGAGUUCGACGAGGCGCUCAGCUUCGCCCUCGGCGCCGGACCCCUGUUUGACGUCGAGCGAAAGGACGAGUACGUCGACACGGUCGUGUCCAAGGCCAUUGACCAGUACAUCCAGGCGGCGGCAGGGCCAGCGGACGCGACGGCGACGGCGACGGCGACGGCGACGGCGACCUCGACGCCCACCGACGCCCGCCUCAAGAACAUCGUCGACCAGAUGUUCUCGCGCUGCAUCGCCGACAAAGAGUACCGCCAGGCGCUCGGCAUCGCCCUCGAGACGCGGCGGCUCGACGUCAUCGAGGAGGUCUUCAACGUCACCCGCGACGCCGCCCUGCUCACCUAUGUCCUUGAGUCGACGAUUGGCGUCGUGCCCACGCUCGAGUUCCGCAUCCAGAUCCUCAACCUCCUCGUCCAGCUCUUCCAGCGCCUCCCCGUCCCCGACCACUUCUCCAUCGGCCAGUGCUACGUCUACCUCCAGGAGCCCGCCCUCGCCUCGCAGCUCCUCUUUUCCCUCGUCGAGCGCGCCCACCAGCCCUCGAGCUCGUCGCUGGCCAACACGGAAAACGACCCGCUCCUCGUCGCCUACCAGCUCGCCUUUGACCUGGCCGAGAGCGCCACCCAGGAGUUUCUCGAAAACGUGCGUGCCGACCUGCAGACCAAGAUCGGCAGCAGCGCCGGUGCCGCCGCCGCCGCGUCGUCGACGACGUCGCAGCAGGCGCCCAAGCAAGAGGACGGCGACGCCGACAUGGACCCGGUCGCCGGAGCCGCCGGUGGCGCCGCCGCCGCCGCCAGCACCGUCGACACGUGCGUGACGCGGAUCCGCAGCAUCCUCCAGGGCGAGGAGAGCAUCCAGCUCUACCUCGAAUUCCUGCAGCGCUCCAACCGCGCCGACCUGUCGCUGCUCAAGUCGACAAAGGACGCCCUCGACGCGCGCUCGAGCAUCUACCACUCGGCGCUCAGCUUCGCCAACGCCUUUAUGAACGCCGGCACCACGAGCGACCGCUUCCUUCGCGACAACCUCGAGUGGCUCGCCAAGGCGGCCAACUGGAGCAAGUUCACCGCCACCGCCGCCCUCGGCGUGCUCAACAAGGGCAACCUCAAGGAGGGCAUCUCGAUCCUCCGCCCUUACCUGCCCCAGGACGGCGUCACCAGCAGCGUCUACUCCGAGGGCGGCAGCCUCUUCGCCCUCGGCCUCAUCCACGCCAACCACGGCGCCGAGGUCGUCGAGCUGCUCAAGAACACGCUGCGCACCAACACGGCCGAGAUUGUCCAGCACGGCGCCGCCCUCGGCCUCGGCGCCGCCGGCAUGGCCACGGGCAACGACGACGUCUACGAGGAGCUGCGCAACGUCCUCUACACCGACUCGGCCAUCGCCGGCGAGGCGUCGGGCUACGCCAUGGGCCUCGUCAUGCUCGGCACGGCGUCGCCCAAGGCCGUCGAGGAGAUGCUCCAGUACGCCCACGAGACGCAGCACGAAAAGAUCAUCCGCGGCCUCGCCAUCGGCAUCGCGCUCCUCUUCUACGGCAAGGAGGAAAAGGCCGACGCCAUGGUCGACACCCUCAUGGCCGACAAGGACGCCAUCCUGCGCUACGGCGGCGUCUACACCAUCGCGCUCGCCUACGCGGGUACGGGCAACAACAAGGCGAUCCGCAAGCUGCUCCACAUCGCCGUGUCCGACGUCAACGACGACGUCCGCCGCGCCGCCGUCACCAGCCUCGGGUUCCUCCUCUUCCGCAACCCGACCCAGGUGCCGCGCAUCGUCCAGCUGCUCAGCGAGAGCUACAACCCGCACGUCCGCUACGGCUCCACCCUCGCCCUCGGCAUCGCCUGCGCCAGCACCGGCCUCGACGAGGCCGUCGACCUGCUCGAGCCCAUGACAAAGGACCCCGUCGACUUUGUCCGCCAGGGCGCCUGCAUGGCCCUCGCCAUGAUCUUCAUGCAGCACAACGAGGCCCUCAACCCGCGCGUGACGUCGGCGCGCAAGACGUUUGACAAGAUCGUCGCCGACAAGCACGAGGACGCCAUGGCCAAGUUUGGCGGCGCCCUCGCCCAGGGCCUCAUCGACGCCGGCGGCCGCAACGUCACCAUCAGCCUCCAGAGCCGCGGCGGCAACGCCAACAUGCCCGCCAUUGUCGGCAUGGCCCUCUUCACCCAGUUCUGGUACUGGUUCCCCCUGGCCCACUUUGCCUCGCUCGCCUUCACGCCGACGGCCCUCAUCGGCCUUGACCGCGAGCUGCGCAUCCCGCAGUUUGACUUUGUCAGCGAGGCCCGGCCCAGCCUGUUUGCGUACCCGGCCGCCUUCAAGCCGCCCAGCGAGAAAAAGGUCGAAAAGGUCGAGACGGCCGUCCUGUCGACGACGGCAAAGGCCCAGGCGCGGCAGCGCACAAAGGACAAGGUCAAGGCCGCCGCCGAGGGCACCGACGCCAUGGACCUCGACGACGGCAGCGCCAAGAAGGACGACGCGGCGGCUGCCGGCAGCGGAGGCGCGGCCGGAGGCGCAGGCGACGCGAUGAACGUCGACGACGACCCCUCGGCAUCGUCCGGGGCCGCCAAGGCCGGCGCCGGCGCCGCCACCAAGUCCAAGACGAGAAAGGAGCGCAAGCCCGAGCCGAGCUCCGAGCUGCUGCCCAACUACUCGCGCGUCACGCCGGCGCAGGUCAAGUUUGUCACCUUCCCCGCCGACGCGCGCUUUGUCCCCAUCAGGCCCGCCCGGUCGAUCCUCACGUCGGCCGUCGGCGGCGGAGGCGGCAUCCUGCUCAUGGUUGACCGGAAACCCUCGGAGCCCUUCCAGCAGCUCCGCCUCCGCGGCGAUGCCGACGGGUCCGACGCUGCCCGCGCCCAAGACGACGGCAUCAGCCCCGAGGACGCCGCCGCCAUCGCCGCCGCCGCCACCGCGGGCGACGACAUCGACGACGACAAGGAGAUCACCGGAGUCGACCAGGCGCAGCAGCGCAGGGACGGCGACGCCGGUGCCGGUGCCGGCGGACUCGGCGGCAACGGGCUGCCCGAGGCGCGCUGA